CAGAACAGUCGUCAAUUUUAUAAAAGAAAAUCGGCGUGCGGGGAAACAUUCCCUCAACGAUUUCCGGACCCCGGUGGCCGCAACCACCAACAAGGCCACCUUUCCCCUUUUCCCCUCUCCUACCGCCGCGCUUCCGGCCGGAUAACCUGCUUCGACUCAACAACCACCACCUCCGCCGCCGUAGUUCAAUUGAAGGGGGGAAAACGAUGACGACGGCUCGUUUCCCUGAUCACAUUUGAUUCCUUUUUCGUUGCUCUACCUUAGAUCUGUAUGCGCACAGUUAGCAUCCCCCAGCCCUUUCCCUCAUUCCUCAUUUCAAAUUUCGUUCCUUUGCGCCGCUAAUUUGAUCGGAAUUGAAACGACAAACAGGUGGAAUUUCCUCCGAUCACCGCCGUCGGCAGCUAUGCAAUCCCGAGUGGCGGUAUCACUCGAGGAAAGCAACCAAGACACAAAUCCUCCUCCGAUUCCUUCAAUCAAGACGACGAUCCCUUCUCAAUCCAGGGGAUUGCCCUUGCGGUUGCUCCGAUUGUUCGUGCUCUUCCUAUCCCUCUGCCUCGCGUUCUCCUUCAUCAGCAUCUACGCAAUCAGGCGGUUCGGAGUGCAGAAUGUUGUCACCACCGUGAAGUCCGGCUUCAUCCCCAGCUGCAUUGGUGGUGGUGCUGAUUCGUUUGCCACGCUCGAGCGGUUUGUCGCCCCGCCGUCGAACUUGCUCCACAGGAUGAGCGACGAGGAGCUGUUAUGGAGGGCUACACUCGUCCCUCGGAUAAAGAAAUACCCUUUCAGGAGGGUUCCAAAGGUGGCCUUCAUGUUCCUCUCCAAGGGUCCUUUGCCCCUUGCACCUCUUUGGGAGAGGUUCUUCAGUGGUCAUCAGGGGCUUUACUCCAUUUACCUGCACUCCCUUCCUACGUUCGAAGCCAAGUUCCCGCCUUCCUCUGUCUUCUACCGGAGGCAGGUCCCUAGUAAGGUUUCUGAAUGGGGCAAGAUGAGCAUGUGUGACGCCGAGAGACGACUCCUCGCCAAUGCACUGCUCGACAUCUCAAACGAGUGGUUCAUUCUCCUCUCGGAAUCAUGCAUCCCCCUCUACAACUUCAGCAUCAUAUACAGCUACAUAAGGAGGUCAAACCACAGCUUCAUGGGUGCGUUCGACGACGAGGGGCCCUACGGCAGAGGCCGCUACAACGAGAACAUGGCCCCCGAGGUGAACAUCACGCAGUGGCGGAAAGGGUCUCAGUGGUUCGAGUUAAGACGACACCUCGCUGUCAGCAUAGUAGAAGACACAAAGUACUACCCUAAAUUCAAGGAGUUCUGCAGGCCACACUGUUACGUCGACGAGCAUUACUUCCCCACGAUGCUGACAAUCGAAGCACCGAACGAUCUGGCGAAUCGUAGCAUCACGUGGGUCGACUGGUCACGAGGGGGAGCCCACCCCGCCACCUUCGGAAGGGCUGAUAUCACGGUGGAGUUCUUCAAGAGGUUAUACGACUCGCAGAAAUGCAAGUACAACGACCGGGAGGAGUUCCGGAUCUGUCAUCUCUUUGCGAGGAAGUUCUCCCCGAGUGCUCUCGAGCCGCUGCUGAACAUUUCUCAGCAGGUGCUGGGAUUUUGA